AUGUUCUCUACCCACCAUCGCCGUCAAAGACAACAGACAGAGCUACCAUCGCCGUCGCCGUUUUGCCUUCCUCCUCUGAAGUAUACUUUGGUAAGUUCUAUUCAUCAAUCCAUCUUCAUACAUGUCUCUUUCCCUUUAUUCCCGUUAUACUCACUCCGUUUCUUUCUUUUGAACCUUUCCGCCGCCGUCAUUGCCGCUGUCCAUGGUUGCCGCUGUGGAAUCGUGCGACCUUAUUCUCUUCCUCUCACUGCCGGUCUCCGUUGUCGGAUAUAUUUUCCCGGACAGAUUUAA